AUGUUGAUGAAUCCUAUAGGUUGCUUUUCUCCUGACGCGGCAAAGCGAUCAGGGAAUCUAGGCUCUCCGAAUGUAUCCGGUUGGUCAGCAGGCAAGGAGAACAAGUAUUCGUUCGAAGGUCAGUCCGAGCGUUCUUCGUCAUUCGUCGCCUCUAUGUCAGAGGAUAACAGCCGCAAGAACAGCGUGUCGAUUGCCCAGCACGCGCCGUCAGACUGUGUCUUCGCCAAUAAUGUGCCUUUGUGGCUUAAAACUUUGCGACUGCAUAAAUACGCGCAUCUGUUUUCGAAGUUGACCUACGACGAGAUGAUGAUGUUGAACGAGGAAAUGUUGGAAGAUCAGGUAUGUUCAUUGCCUGAUUUGCUUGGUUCUUGCGAGACGUUGUCAUUAUCGUCUUCAGGGCACGAGGUUGACGACGAGAAUAUCCCCGCUCAUUUUACCCGUGUUCUAGGAAAAUGUAAUUUUGUCGCAUUUGCCUGGGUUUUUUCUGUAUAA